AUGACUGAUAUCAGACACAGGAAGAAAGGUAGUGUAGCCGACCCUGACGAGUCGGCUACUUCCAUUGGUUUAUUUCCUACUGAUAAAAAGCCGAUUGGAAAAGCCAUCUCCUCCGAUUUAUAUCUUGCUGUUGACCAGUCUGGUAAUGAACUGGUUUCCAACUUUGCUCUCUUUUUUGUAACUGCUCUCGCGGUUCUUACCAGAACAUGGAUGCUCCAUUAUCCUGGAGAAGUAGUCUUUGACGAGGUUCAUUUUGGGAAAUUCGCAUCGUAUUAUCUUCGUCGAGAAUAUUUUUUUGAUGUUCAUCCUCCACUUGGGAAGAUGCUUCUUGCUGGUGUGGGCUACAUUGUUGGCUAUGAUGGACAUUUUCUCUUUGAUCAUAUUGGCGAUAACUAUGCAGAAAACAACGUACCCUAUUUGGCUUUACGUCUGUGGUGUGCUUUGUGUGGUGCUGCCGUUGUUCCCAUUUCGUACAUGACAUUAAGAGAGAUUGGUGUAUCUGUGAUGGGUGCAGCUCUUGGGGCUUUGCUGCUUGUGUUUGACAAUGCACUUAUUACACAGUCUCGUUUGAUCUUAUUGGAUAGUAUGCUUAUGUUGUUUUGCACCAUGUGCAUUUAUUUCUGGGUCAAAUUCUACAAACAGCGUCACAAAGUCAAGAUGGUAGGUUUAUUUACCAUGGGUGCAAUUGGUAUUGCUACGCUCUUUGAUCUCUGGGAAAUCUUGGACAUAGACCGUGGUGUCACGAUGCGCAAAGUCAUAAAGCACUUUGCUGCCCGAACACUGUGUCUUAUUAUAGUACCAUUUGGGUUAUAUUUGCUUCCAUUCUACAUCCACUUUAGUAUUCUUACUAAAUCUGGUCCGGGUGAUGCGUUCAUGAGCAUGCGUUUCCAAGAAGGUCUUACCAACAACAACAACACUGCAGGAGCUAUUGCUGUUAUGUAUGGUGCCAAUAUUACACUUGUCCACGGUUCUACCAACCACUAUCUGCACUCACACUAUCACAACUAUCCUCUACGUUAUGAUGACGAUCGUGUUUCCUCGCAAGGUCAACAAGUGAAUGCGUAUGCCCACAGUGAUGUCAAUUCUCUUUGGAACAUGGUUCCUGUUGAUCCUGAUUUGUACUCGCUUGCCAAAAAAUAUGUUCCGACCAAAAAAGAAGAGGAGCGUGACAUUCGCUACGUUCGUCAUAAUGAUAUUGUCCGCAUGUAUCAUGUUUCUACCAAGGCUUACCUUAUUACUCACGAUGUUGCGUCGCCAAUGACCACUACCAAUAUGGAAAUGACUGUGGUUAGAGAUGCAGAAUCAGAAAGACGGUACAAUGAGACUUUAUGGCGCGUUGCGAUUGAAGAUGCAGAUCCUGGAGAUAAACUCAAGAGCAAAAAGUUUCUUGUAAAGCUUAUCAAUGUUAUUCAUAAUGUUGCUCUCAUGACCAACAAGGGAGCUCUUCCUGAUUGGGGAUUUAAAAUGCAACAGACUAAUGGUAACAAGAAUAUAAAGGACAAGAGUAAUAUUUGGCGUGUGGACAAGGUCGAGCAUGAGCGAAUUGUUAAUGGUACUGAGCUUGGCGAGGAAACGCAAAAAGAAAAGAGUGGCAAGCCACCUUUGUCAUUUAUGGCCAAGUUUAUUGAGCUACAGGUGCAAAUGGUGGCCCACAACUCCAAAUUGACUAAACCCCAUCCUUACUCGUCACCUCCCAGCCAUUGGCCAUUUGUUGUUCGUGGUAUUUCGUUUUGGGAGAAAAAGGAUGGCAUUCGACAGAUCUACUUGAUUGGCAAUCCCAUCGUGUGGUGGCUUUCUAUUGCUAGUGUCCUGUUUUAUGUCAUUCUAUGGGUUGUAGAUCGUAUCUGUCUUCGUCGUGGUAUUGAUGAUUUUGGCCAUAGUGCUCGUCGUUGGUGGGAUCGUGCUAUUGGGUUUCUGAUUAUUGCAUGGGCAAUGCACUGGCUACCCUUUUUCCUUAUGGGUCGUAUGCUGUUUCUCCAUCAUUACCUUCCAGCGUUUAUCUUUUCAACAAUGGUGUUUGCAGCCAUGUUUGAUUUUAUUCUUCGCGUAGCAUUUUCUGGUUCAUACAUUCCUAUACGUAGUACUUCUGAUGGCGGAGAUGACAAGAUAAUCAAGAGCGCUACGAAGAAGCAAGAGAAACUAACGAGUAUAUGGUUUGCUCAGGCUGCUACACCUGGAAUGGUGUAUUAUAUCCUGGCACUGGUUAUAUUCUGUGCUUUUGGAUAUGUGUUUUGGGAUUUUUCGCCCUUUUGCUAUGGAAGCGGGUUUCCCUCUGUGGAAAUACUUCGUGCUCACAAGUGGAUGACUUCGUGGGAUCUGCAAUAUGCUUGAGCUUUAAAAUAAAGAAUGACAGUUUGAGCUUU